UAAUAAGUUAAAUUGGAUAAUUGAUGAAAUGGGACUAUUUCUUUUGUAGAAACAGUUCCAGUUGAAACUCUUCUUAGUAGAUUGUCCAGAAACAUUUCUGAGAAGAUGCAUGCUGAGCUCAGUCCAUAAAUAGCCUUACCACUUCCUCAUAUGGUACAUUUUGCAAAAUGGAGCUUGUCUUACUUCUCUGUGCCGUUUCUCUUCUGCAUUCAUGUGAAGCACAAGAGUCCAGUGCUGUGACUCCUGUGUUUGUGCAGAAAGGAGAGGAUGUCGUUCUGAAUGUCACAAUAGCUGAUGUUCCUGAAGAAGAUACUGUUACCUGGAAAUUCAAUAAAACAGUUAAUUUAGUACGAUUUUUACCUGGUAAAGAACCAAAAGUCUCUGAUGAUUACUCUGGAAGGAUUGAGUUGCUUGAGAAAUACUCUGUGAAAUUGAAGAAUCUACAAGAGGCAGACAGUGGAGUUUAUAUUGCAGUAGUGUCUGGGGAUAGAGAAAAACAAAUAACUGGAUAUAAGAUCACAGUUCAAGAAUCUGAACCCACCAAUGUUACUGCCCUUGUGCUUGGUGUUAUCGGCAUAGUUUUCAUUUGCAUCUUAAUUGUUGCAGCAGUUCGAUAUUUUCGAAAGAGAGAAAAGAAUGAAACAGAAAGCAGGGAGAAUACAGUAUAUGAAGUUCCUCAGGUCAGACCUAGAGCCUUACCUCAGAGUGAGAGUGAAGUUAUAGGUCUUUCUCCAACCUCCACCUACUCCUUGGUAGGGCUUCACACUGGAUCUGUGGAUUCCAGUACGACAAGAGGCACGACUCUGCCAGAGAGUCUUUACGCUCAGGUGGAUAAACCUGCCAGGUCCUUAAACAAGUAAUCAGCAUGGUGUUCUACAUACUGCACUGGCAGCAAUUUACAGUUUUUAUAGUAUUUGUAGUGUACC